ACAGCCUGUCAGCGCGGCUCUCCGGCUGCUCAGCGGGAUUCUCCUCCGCUGCACACCGGACGGUACCUCACUCAGCUCGGACAGUGAACAGACAUGGCUCCUGGCACCACGUGAGCGCGCGUAAGUGGACUUUUUGAGCGGACUCGGAGCUGUAGCGUGAGCGGCGUGGACACAGCGCGAGGCGAGCCCAUGGAGGCACGGGCGCGAUGCUGUGCACACGCAGAACGAAAACUUUGGUAUCGACAUGUGUCAUCUUGAGUGGCAUGACCAACAUCGUGUGCCUGCUGUACGUGGGCUGGGUGACCAAUUACGUGGCCAACAACAGCGGAGCGUCCAAAGUUAGCGAGAACCGCGGGGACACCGACAGCAGAAAGUUGGAGGAGGACAGUAAAGGCGAGACGCUCAAGAUUAUCGAGAGGCUGGAGCGGCUGGAGAGCGUGGUCAACGAGCACAUCAGAGAUGUCCCACAGAAGGAUGGAGAAGACGCUGCCAUCGACUCCGCCUCUGAGUCUGCCUCCUCACUCUUCGCUCACUGGGGUCGAGACCUGGGCCCUGAAAGUCGAAGAGUGGCUCUGAAGAAGUUCCGUUACUAUGGCUACAACAGCUACCUUAGCGACCGCAUCUCCCUCACACGGCCAAUCCCAGACCUGCGACCAGAUGGAUGCAGAAAUAUGUCGUACUCGUCAGAUCUUCCUCAGAUCAGCAUCAUCUUCAUCUUUGUGAACGAGGCCCUGUCAGUGCUGCUGCGCUCUGUGCACACAGCGAUCCAGAGGACGCCCCGCCACCUGCUCAAAGAGAUCGUACUGGUGGACGACCAUAGCAACAGCGUGGAGCUGAAGGAGCACCUGCAGAGCUUUGUGGAUGAGACCAACAGCCAGCAUGGACCAGACUUUGUUAAAGUGGUCCGUCAUGACAAGCAGGAGGGUCUGAUCCGUUCCAGAGUGAGCGGCUGGAGGGCCGCCACUGCUCCGGUGGUGGCGCUGUUCGACGCACAUGUGGAGUUCAACAUUGGAUGGGCAGAACCAAUCCUUCAGCGGAUAAAGGAGGACCGGACGCGGGUGGUGUCUCCCUCUUUUGACAACAUCAAAUACGAUACAUUUGAGAUUGAGGAGUACCCGCUGUCUGCUCAGGGCUUUGACUGGGAGCUCUGGUGUCGAUACCUCAACCCUCCCAAGUCCUGGUGGACCCAGCGCAACCAGACUGCACCCAUCAGAAGUCCGGCCCUGAUUGGCUGCUUUGUCGUUGACCGGAAAUACUUUGGAGAGAUUGGCCUACUGGAUGAGGGGAUGGAGAUAUACGGAGGAGAGAAUGUAGAAUUGGGCAUCAGGGUGUGGCAGUGCGGGGGGAGUGUGGAGGUCCUGCCCUGCUCCAGAAUUGCCCACAUUGAGCGCGCCCACAAACCCUACACACAGAACCUGACCCUCCACGUGAGACGCAACGCGCUGAGGGUGGCCGAGGUGUGGAUGGACCAGUACAAGAGCCACGUCUACAUGGCCUGGAACGUGCCCCUGCAGAACUCAGGGAUUGACAUUGGGGACAUUUCAGAGAGGAAGACCCUGCGCUCCAGACUGCAGUGUCGCCCGUUCAGCUGGUUCCUGUCCAACAUCUACCCUGAGCUGCGGUCCUACAGUGACACAGUGGCCUAUGGAGUGUUGAAGAACAGCCUGAGGGACGAUCUGUGUUUGGACCAAGGACCUGACUCAGAAAAUGUUCCCAUCAUGUACCUGUGCCACGGCAUGACACCUCAGAACGUGUACUACACCAGCUCUCAGCAACUGCACCUUGGGGUGCUCAGUCCCACCAUUGACGAUGAUGACAACAAGUGUCUGGUGGAUGUCAACAACAGACCACGCCUCCUCGAGUGUCGCUACGCUGCCAACAAGCACAUGAAGCUCACCUGGGCCUUCUCUCAGGGUGGCCCAAUCCAAAACACAGAUUCGCUCAACUGUCUGGAACUGGUGGAGAGCCGACAGUCGGAGUUCAGGGUCCAGUUGUCUAUCCAGGCCUGCACCAAUCAGAAGUGGACCAUCACAAACAUCCUGACCGUUCUCCCACAGUAAACGCAUCAGUAUGGACUCUAUACGCACCACCGCCCUGAGACUCCCAACAGGUGCUCAUCCCAGGAACUAGUAAAAAGCUGACAGGAAUCCAAGUUAGAAUUAUACCUGAAGAUCAUGGGUCAAGUUUUAGAACUAAUGACCGUUUUACACAAGUAACCUCGAGCCAGAUGCGGUCUAGCUAUAAAGCACGGCAAUUAAAAGGGAAAUAUAUGGCCCAAUGAUCCAGAGGACAGGCCUGUGAAAGCGGGGAAGAGCGUUUUAUGGGUUAUUGCAUUUGCACAAACCUGGGAUGACUUUGGGACUUGUUAUGUGAGCCUUAAGAUGAGGGUGUUCCUGGCUAUCAUUGCACAAUCACAAGGAAAAUGAAGUGAAUUCUUUGAAAUAGCUUGGUGUGGUUGUUAGACAUCAAAUGCACUGGGAUUAUUUUAGUUUUAGUUGAGGCUAUCUUCUGAGUGGGCAAUUUUUAAGUAUCUGCAGACAUAUGGUGUAAUGGAGCUACUAAAACAUCUGCUGUUUUAUUCAUGCCGGUUACAAGCCGUGGGUUAAAACUUCUACACCGAUUGAUUAAACUUCAAAAAUUCACUAUUAGAAUGAUAAGUUGGCCUUGCACCUUCACCUCCAAAUCAUAUGCAGAAAUGAAUAUUAAUUCUUUAUCAAAUUUAAUCAAUUUUCCAAAGCGUCCUUUUAUUCAUUUUAGCUGUUUCAUUUUAGGGACUGCAAUUUUUUUGGUUUAAACUCUGAAAUACUAGCCAUCGCCCCCAAAGCAGCUCAAAUUUGCAUUGCAUUAAGCAUUUAUGUCUAUUCUGACUUUGACACGCAACAGUUAGCUUGUGCCCACACUUAAUUUCAGCCCUACACUACUUGAGUUGAUAAAUCUUAUUUGGAAUUAGCCCGAUAUCACAAAGGCAGGUGGUAGGAUAUUGCAUAAGGAGGUGAGAAUUAAUUCCAUUUUGUAUUGCAUAAUGAUUUACAUAAUUCACUGUCAAAGUCUAAACAUUUCCUGUCAGACAAAUGAAAUAUAAAACUAAUCUCGUGAUCCUUACUAAUAACCCUUUUCUCAACGUAUAAGUGAAAUUUAUAAGCACUAGCAGCUAAUCUAACAGAUAUUACAAUCUGACAAGCCCACGCUUCAAAAGAUCAGUGAUUGAAAAAUGCGCGUGUGGGUGUGAAAAGCCUGCUCCAACUGAGAGAAUAGUUACGAGUUGUAUUUCCAGCUUCACUGUACUCUGUCAGGUAACACAAUUCAGUCCUUAUUCAAGUGUCCUACUUACUUUCCUCUGGGCCUCUAAAUGUCACUGCUAACGUAACGCCCCACGCCGUUGAAGUAGAGGCCUAAUUUAACGUCUAUUCUCUUGGGGCCUACAAUUAAGGCUUGAGCUGAUAGUGAAACAAUAACAGGGAUUUUCUCCUUAAAAGCCAUUUUAUGAUGCCCCCUGCAGAAUCCGUAUUAGUUACCAUUACAAGCCAUGCACAUAUUCCCCAGUCUAUCCAAUGUGUGUUUUGUAUAUGGACUGGGUGCAGACACAAGUGGCUGGAGCCUUUAUAAGGGUUUUAUGGGGAAGGGCAUCUGGUGUAAAAUUGCUAUGCUUCUCAACAUGAGAGUCAGGACUAUUGCAAAAGUGAAGAGGAUCAUACUGUGUGAUAUAUGAGUGGGAUCAGAAAUUUUUCAAAAAAUACAAGUCAUGUUUGCUGCUUUUUAGGGCAUUUUGGGGGUUUUCUGUAACUAGAUGACGUGUGACUAAAACCAUGGCUUUUGUAACCACUUUCACUGUAGUCUUUUGAACUAACACUCAGGUUCACAACUCAUUGUAAAUUGCCUCUGUCCUAUGUCAUGAUGCACUUACUGUUAAGCCCAUUAUGUACAAUAAUCCAUUAUAGUCAUCUCAAUUAAAACAUGUUGCACAGUUGUGCAUAUGUGGAUAGCCCAUUGAGCAGAAGACAAAGGACAAAUCCUGUUCAUUAAAUGGACACUGUAACUUGUCCAUAAGUAGGUGGAGGGUCUGAAACCUUUUGUCAAGCAGGUAACCAAACCAAGUAUUUAAAUGGCAAUAAAACACUUUAAAUGCAAGAUAAAUCUGUUUAUACCAUAGUAUGGAACAAAGCAAUAUUAUUGUCAUGAAACGAGCAGGUGGAGACCCUCCACAAGAAAACUGACAGUGUACCUGAAAAAACAUAACACUGGUGAUGCUCAGUCACUUACAGCCAACAGCUCAAUGUUAAAUGUGAUAAACAAUAUUUAUUCCUGCUCUUCCUGCUGCUGUUCUGUCCCUGUUUCCUCCUCAGUCUAAUAACCAACGCUGAAAAUGCUGUGUGCUGCUGUUAUCGAUCUCUAAUUAGGCUUGCGGUAAAUAAUUAGCUGCAUUUAACACCAGAAAACAAGUCCAAACUCUAACCCUCUAUUUAAAUCACCGUACGUAUCAUGAUGAAAUAAAAACUCCCAAAAGGCUAAAAUUCUGCUCUGUCUGGCUGAGGUCAGGUCCUGUGUCUCUGCUUCGUCCUCUGCCCAGCAAAGGACUACAAGCAGUCCAGCCCUCUGCUCAACCCUCUGCUUCAGCACAGAGGAGAGAAUGACUCAUGGAGCCUGCAGCUCAUAUAGUUCACUUAAAAGAGGGACUUUCAUGGCAGUACACACUAUUAUCAAAUAGAUAAGACAGGGGAAGCAAAGGCAAUGCCAGAUUUCAUGUUGUUAUGAGCAGGGUGGCAAUGAAAAGUGGGGGAGAACAUAUUCCUCCUUUUCAAAAGGGGAGUGACGUGUCCCCUCCUUAAUUAAUGGAUGCAACGCCCAUAUGGGGAAAAAAAAAUUAUUCUGUCAACUGGACAAAGUGAAUAUAUUUUGCCACUCGUCUAAGUAGCUUUUUCAUUUCUUUACUUUAGUUUACACUGAAUGAUGGUGAAACAUAUUCACUUUUAAAGUUUUUGUCCAGUCGACAGAAUGAAUAUUUCUUUUGUAAUGAAAUCUACCUGGACAACUGAGGAAUUGGAAAGAGAUUUCAAUCUUUGAAUUCACCAUCAUGUCUUAUAUCAUUUAUAGCUACACCAUGAAAUACAUCAACCUGAGAAAGUUAUUGAUAUCCCAAUGACCAUGGCUGAUAUGUAACUGACAAAUGAGCAGUGUCCCUGUAAGUUUCUCUUUGUGUCACUCGGGGCAGUCCCAUAUAUUUCAUCUCAAGUGAUGCUGCUGCAGCCACCUGUAAUUUAGGGUGAGACCUCCAGCUGACAGAAUGAUAGAUGAUAGGGAGUGUGUUGUCUGACGGGCCGUCCUUCAAUUGGGACACAGCCCCCAAAGGCCCCGGUCUGGAUCUUAAAUGUACUUCUGAAUAUAAGGCUCCUCCUCCUGCCCCCGGUGGUGUGAUGCGGUAGUGAGUGCACACAGAGGCUGAGUAAUGGACAGAUGGAGGUUAUGUCACACCGAGAGCAGAUGGGUGACGAGUAACAGGGCUCGACUCUGGGGUUGGGCAUUCUUAAGUCAUUCUGCCUCAACCAGCCUCAAGUCAAGUCACUUAUUUAUUUAUAACCAUAACCCUUUCUUUGUCAUAGCAGAAUCUGCCUCCAACAUGUGCAUACUGUUUGUUCAUAAGCCAGAUGCCCUUCCCUCUUACUGUCCCGGACUUGUGACCUGUGCGCCUAGAAUGUCUUUUGAUUUUACUUAGCUCCGAUAAUCAUUUGCACACAUUUGCUUUAUGGAUCGAUUGCAGAAGGGUUACAAGUCAUGAAAGUAGAAUUUGACUGCAGUGUCCCAGGCCUUAAAAUGUAUGCUUCUAAACAAACCAAUCCAACAAAAUGCCACAAAUCAAGCAAUCUUUUUCAUUUGUAUUUGUGGUAUAUUAUCAAAAGUUUGUUGAGUCGAUAUCUCUUUAACCUCCAUGUGGUCAAUAAAGCUGUUUUUAUACAAUUCAAACUUAUGGUCAAAGUCAAGGCAUUUUGAGUUAUUCAGCGUACUUGUUUUGUUGUUUAAAGAUGAGUUUGUGCUGAUUUGACACUCCCAUUUCUGCCGCUCCACUUUCAGAGAUAUCCAAGAACGACACCCAAACCUCAUUAAAUAUGACUGCUCUGCAAUCAAUCUCACAUUUAUUCAAACAUUCACUGUGCCAUUAAUAAUUGAAGACCAAAACAGGACUAAACUUAUCCAUAAUUCAUGUGGCCGUUCUGUAUUGAGUGUUUGUGCCACUGGCUGAGGUGAUGCAUUGCUAAAGCAGGGGAGAUGUGCAGAUGUUUUUAUCAGCUACUGUGUAGCCCUGUGAGCCCUGUGAGCCCUCUCUGGACUGCUUCUGCUGUGGCUCAGGUGCGGACCUCCUCCAGUCUCUCCAUUUUGGGGGAGCUGUUUAUUUAUCAAGUCAAAUGUCUGAGCUAUUUUAUUAUUAGUGUAUUUAAAC